AUGGCGACUUCAACGCCCCAAGCCCAGCAGCUGAUCAAGGAUCUGCUUGCCAGAGCCCACUCUCCCGAUAGCGUCAACCGCAUCUACAGUGAGAAAAUCCAGCACCGUACUCUGCACCUUCGGCCAUCUUCCCCCUCGCCAGCCGCACUCAAUGCUCGAACGGCGCGAAGAAGGAUUCGGGACCAAAAGAAGGCAAGGAGAAAGACCCGUCCGAGGCCUCUCUCGUCCCGAGAGCGCAGGAACCUGGGGCUUUACGAUAUCCCCAAGGAUGGCCAGAAAUACAGCAUAUAUGAACCGCUCUACGAACUAUGGCAAGGCUAUGCAAGGGAAGUCCUGGGACAAGACAUAUUCCGCGGUGGCCCUGAAGCAGCGGCCAAGCUGGCCAGCGCAGAACUUCACGGGGCACUUACCGAGGUCGUCAGAAGCCGAUGUACGGGACGUGUUGGCCUGAAGGGCAUCAUUGUUCGCGAUCGCAAGUUCGUUGUGGAGAUAAUUACGGAAAAGAAGGGCAUCAAGGUUAUUCCCAAAGAAGGAACGACUUUUCGCAUCGAGAUCAAGCCCGAGACAGCUGAUGCGACCACUGCCUCGAAGCCCUUUGUGUUUGAAGUCCUGGGCGACCAACUCAUGCUUCGCUCCGCGGACCGCGCCAACCGAAAAUUUAAACAACACUUUCUUCCCGAUCUUUGA